AUGCACUCUCUAAGCUUACUCGUGCUCUUGAUAAAAAGGUCUAAUAAUAAGCGUGUAGCGAAUGAAACUGAAGUAAAAAUCCCGUUUGAUCUUAUUGUGUCUUGUGUUGCUACGUAUCACAUGAUACAGAGCUGUACAGAGAGACAAUACCCACCAGGGGAUGUGGUGCAGAUACUGGAUUCAACUUUUAGAAAUUUGCAUCCACUAAGCUCUCAAAACCUUGGGAUAUUUAGAGAGAUUGAAAUGUGCAUGGGAAGAGUUAAAACUCAGAUCCUUGCUCUCUUGAAGCUUGGUGCUGUGAAUCCUGAUGAUCUUGGAUAUGUUGACUCUAUUUCUGUAGAGGAAAUUGGUGAUGCUAGGGUGACUGUUGUAAGAAACGAACAAGGUGGGAACUCUGUGACAAUGGUUUUGCUGCGUGGAAGUACAUAUAGCAUACUUGAUGAUACGGAAAUGGCUGUUGAUGAUGGUGUAAAUACUUACAAGGCUUUAUGCAAGGACAAUAGAAUUGUGCUUGGAGCAGUAGCCACUGAAAUUGAAUUAGCAAGAAAACUAAAGGAGUUUUCUUUCUCGGAGACAGGAUUAGAUCAUUAUGCAAUUGGAAAAUUUGCAGAGAGCUUUGAAAUGAUACCAAAAACAUUAGCUGAGAAUGUUGGGCUUAAUGCUAUGGAGAUCACAUCUACUCUAUAUGCGGAUCAUGCCAAUGGAAAUGUCAAAGUUGGUAUAGAUUUGGAGGAAGAAGCAUGGUUGAUGAAAGCGAAUAGCUCUGGAGUUAGAAGAGGAAAAGAAAGCUUAAGCUGA